UGUGCCUGGCUCUGUAGUAAGAGCGAUGUCGGAGCCAGAGCGGGGGCCGGGGUGUUCUGAGGACCCGCGACCUAGCUUCCGUCUGUCGGUCGGGAAGCGGGAGCCGGUGGUGAAGUUGUUGCAGGCGGUGACCGGUUUGGAUCCGCUGUCCUGGUCGGAGGACCACAGGCUGUCCGUGUGCACCAGCAGCAAUGUCUCCGUCCUGGAACAAUUGUGUGAUAUCCAUGGCAACAGCCCGGAGCUCACCCUGCACCGCACCUGUGUGUCCGCCCCGCACAAGACCUGCUUCCUCCGGAUCGGUUCCCCGAAGGAAGUGGAGCAGUGCAGAGCGAAGUUUGCCAGGUCAAAUGACCCGACAAUCAGCCAAAAGUUUAUGUUGGACAGAGUAUUUAACCCUGAAGGAAAAGGACUUCCACCCUUGCAAGGAUACAAAUAUGCCUGCUGGACUCCUGCGGGCUGCGAUGCCAAUGGACGAUGCCUUCUAGCUGCGCUGACUCUGGAUAACCGGUUGACCAUCAAUGCAAAUGUCGACAGACUGCAAUGGAAGCAAUUGGCAGACCUGACGGAAAUGUAUGGUGAGCGUUUAGCUCAGAGCAACUACACAGUGACUGAGGAUGCCGUCCAUUCAGAACUGGAGGAUUUUCCUGAGUACCAAAGGCGGCACAGCAUGCAGACCCCUGUGCGGAUGGAGUGGUCCAGCAUAUGCACUACUCAGGAGAUCAUGGAAAACAACACUUGCCGAGAUGUUGGCACUGUUCUGUUGGCCGUCCUCUUUGAAAAUGGAGAUGUUGCCAUUUGGCAGUUCCAGCUCCCUAUAAAGGACCGCACCUCCAUUAUUUCCUGCAACACCAUCAUGUCUGGGGUCGAGUCACCAAGCGCCUUGGCGUGGUGGGAGUAUGAGCACAGCAACCGUAAAAUGAGUGGACUGAUUGUAGGCAGCAGUUUGGGCCCGGUCAAAAUCAUCCCAGUGAAUUUAAAGGCCGUCAAAGGAUACUUCACAUUGCGGCAGCCGGUGAUCCUUUGGCAAGAGGUUGACCAUUUGCCAGUCAACAGUAUUAAGUGUAUAGCUCUCUAUCACCCGUACCAGAAGUGCAGCUGCAGUCUUGUGGUUGCUGCCCGCGGUUGCUAUGUUUUUUGGUGUUUGUUGUUGAUAUCAAAAGCAGGACUCAAUGUUCACAAUUCCCACGUAACUGGACUUCACUCCUUACCUAUCAUUUCUUUGUCUGUUGACAAGCAGAAUGGAACUAUUUAUUCCUGUUCUGUUGAUGGAAAGGUUCAGCAGUUGAUACCUCUUUUCACAAGCUUUGCUUUAAAGUUUGAACAUCAGCUCAUUAACCUGUCAGAGAUGUUUGGGUCAGUGAAAUCUCACGGCAUUGCCACCAGUCCCUUUGGAGCAUAUCUUGCUUGCAUCACCUCAGAAGGCUUGAACAACGGAAUUCAUCCAGUGAACAAGAACUUUCAGGUCAACUUUGUGGUCCUCAAGACAUUUGAGGAAGCUGCAGCUCAGCUUCUCGAGAGCUCUAGCCAAAAUCUCUUCCGGCAAAUGGACCUGACAGACCUUGUGCGCUGGAAGAUCCUGAAAGACAAGGUCAUCCCUCAGUUUUUAAUGGAUGCCUUGGACAAAAAGGUAGAUGGGGGGCCCUUGUACUUUUGGAGGUUCCGACUUUUUCUUCUGAAAAUUUGGUACCAGUCUUUUAAGAAAAUCACUUAUGAAGCAAUGCGGAAACAAUCUUUCCAGGAAUCGAAGGUUUCCAGGACUGAAGACGCCCCUGUUGAGGGCAGCAUAUUUGAGGAAGAAAAGGACCUGGAUGAGGAUAAGCAUGGCGAUAGCUCUGGAAGUACAUCGAGAGACACUGCAGAGCCUGAUGUAGAGUCUUCUCCAGCUGAUGAAAGUCUUUUGGAAAUUCAACAGAAAAUUGAAGCCCUGGAGGCACAUUUGACCAAGGAAAACAUGAAACAUGUUUUGGGAGAAGUCUAUCUACACACUGGCAUCACAGAAUAUACCAGUGUCCCUACCCGUGGUAUCUGUGCCUAUCUUAUGGCCAACAAAGACGGUGAAGAUAGGACAGUCCAGGUGCUCAUUGGGCAUAUUGAGAAGAAGAUGAACAAGCAAAUGUUCCCAGAAUACUGCACUCUGUGUAAGCAAGUCCUUCCAUUCGCUGAUAGUAAAAAGGCUGUUUGCCCUAAAGGACAUCUCUGGAGCAGGUGUUCCUUGACGUACCAGGCCUGUCAGACUCUGGAUUACCGGAGGUGCCUACUGCGUGACAGUAUUGCAAGACAUUCAGUUCCAGAAGAUCUGGAUUGGAUUAAGAGAUUGCUAGGAGGACCUUGUACACUUUGCGACUCUCCCGUUUUUUAGUAGCUCCUGUGGUUUUUAUUUCUUGCCCUCCAUUG